CUCCUCUGCGAGAGAGAGAGAGAGAGAGACACGCAGAGAGAGCUAAACGAAGAGACCGGAGGCUUAUCCAAGCGCGCAGGACGCACAGACGGAGUUGCACAACCAGCGCUCCUCAGGACUCCAAAAGGCAGACAAGUCUUCGCGUUUUCUCCCAUCUAACGCUCACUGCAAGUGGAUAUUGUUUGCACUUUUUGUUUUACUCGGAGAGUUCAUUCGGGGACAUCGGAUUUUGAGGAGCUUGUUGCAAAAAUAAUAAUAGUAAUACAUUUUUUUAAAAAUCAGCAUUUUUUUGUUUUACUUGUGAAGUCAUGCAUCGGUGCACAGCAGUGCUACUUUUGUUGGUUGUGGCCUUAUACUUCCUGAGCGCAGAAGCCUACAAGUGCAGGUGCACCAGAAAAGGACCGAAGAUCAGAUACAAGGAUGUUCAGAAGCUGGAGCUCAAACCCAAACACCCCUUCUGCCAAGAGAAGAUGAUUUUUGUGACGAUGGAGAACGUGUCUCGGUUCAAAGGGCAGGAGUACUGCCUUCACCCCAAGCUUCAGAGCACCAAGAACCUGGUCAAGUGGUUCCGCAUCUGGAAGGACAAGCACAGGGUUUACGAAGCCUAAAACCUCGACUACCCAGCAGGUGUGGAUCAAGCAAGACAAAAAAAAACAGCAACAACGACAAUACAGGACUGUUUUUUAUGGAGUACAAGACGUAAUCUACAAUCAAACCGUACUUCUUCCUCUUCUGCCUGAGAUCUGUCAAGCACAUUAAGACAUAUCUGUAGUUAUACAUAAAGCUGGUGGGCUUUUUUUGUAGUCGGCAAUCCAAGCUAGUUACUGUCACUCACCACUCCGAUCUUUACAACUGUAGUUACUUGUCCAAUAGUGAGCGAGACACCAAGGUCUCCGUGUUCAAACAGUUGUAGCUUUGUUCUGUUUAAAUUUAAAGGGGAUUUGCAGUUUACAAUAGUCUUUAUGCGUCUCUCAAAGCAAAGAGGCAAAUGUGUUAUUUUGAAGAAGUGGGCAAACUUUGUUUUGAACAAUGCAGUGUGGAUUUUUCAGUUUCACAAUUUUUACUACUAUGUAAUCAUUAUGACACUUGUACAAUGCCAACGUUUAAGAUCUGGCUACCUGGUAGCAGCUGCAAGGCGGUGAUCGAAGUCCUUCAUGAAUUUGAGUCUGUAUUUGAAGGGGACAGCAGAGUCAGUCAGUGUCUUGUUACAUGUAAUACAGAGGUUAUUGUCAAUGUUGAACCAGAUAGAGGAGAUUUACCACUGUGUGUGUGUGUAUGUGUGUGUGUCUGUGCAUGUGUGUGUGUGUGUCUGUGCAUGUGUGUGUGUGUGCGUGCGUGUGUGUGUUUGCCAGAUGUGUCAAACAAACACUACACUACUCAACCAAGCUCACCACUCUGCAACACCCUUUUUGUAAAACAUGCUCUCAUUUAACUGCAGGGAAUAGUUCUAUCAUAACAAAUAGAAAUAGUUCACUCGUGCCAUUCCUACAUACAGCCUGUGGAUUUGAAGUUGUUCCACACAAACAGGAUCCACAAAUUCAGUUUGCAUCAGCAACAAAGGAAUGACUGUAAUAGGCUAUAGUUUUCAUGGAUUGAAAGAUUUUUAGCUUUGGCUCUUCACAUACAAGUGAAAAAGGCAAUGUUAAUGAAGCAAUAUCUUAUACAAAACUGCCUAAUAAAACAUCAUAUUGCAUCAUGCAUCAUUAAAAUGGCUGUAAUGCACUGGCUGAUAAUGUUGUUAUGGAAAUUAAUACUGGUUUGGUGCACAAUACUCAGACAGCACAUUUUUUAGCACUGACAUUAAUUUGGCUGAAAAUUUGAACUUUCUCAAUCAUACUCAAAUGUGUAUAUAGAACAAGCUCAUUAUUAAAAAAUAUACGGCAGGCAUUGCAUUUGUACCGAUUAUAAUCGCCAUAUCUAUCAAUUCACUGUUUGGAGUCAUAAGUGGGUGAUGAAACACAGCAGUUGUAUUAUGUUAGCUCUCCUACAGUAUAUCUCCAGAGCAAUAUUGUCAAAUGGGUUGUUAUUUUGUAUGCUAUGGACACACAUUGUAAUAAUGACUGUGGGGUAUGUUUUUAUUUUGCCACCAAACUGAAUUCACACGCAAAAAUAUCUGUGUGUAUACGAAACACCACAUUUUCGUUACUUUUUGAAGAAUGUGCAUUACUCUUGUUUUAUAUCUUAUAUAUAAAUAUAUAAAUACGCAUUUUGUAAAUAGACCAGUUUAGCCUAUAUGUUAGUGAGAAUGAAUUCAUCUUAAGACUUUCUAGUGUCAUGUAUAUUGUAUUACUGAGUUAUAGUUGUUUUGCUAUUUAAAAUCUUGGUUUGGUAACCGACAUUUGGAGGAUGAGUGUUUGGACGGGCCCACCAAACACACAGUUAAACAUUCCAUUGAGUGUAAAACAAUAAACACAGCAAUAAAGUGUCUAGAACCGC